CUCAUUAAUCAUAUCAUCACUUUCAUUCAUCUCUCUUCCUCUUUCCUUUCCGUUUCCACCGACGUUAGCGAUCCACCAUCCGCCUCCAUCUCCCCUGGAGAUUCUCAACGAUUAUCCCUCCCCGGUCUCGUCUCUCUGUAAUCUCUUUCAAAAACCCAUCUCUGUUCCCGAAAGUAUCAACCUUGAUUCCGCCCCUGGAUCUUGAAUCUCCCCGAUUCGGAUUCAAAGCCUUCGACUUUCCUCUACAAUCGAAGAUCUCUUUCGAUUUCAAACCGACCCAUCAUCGAUUUCACGACCCCUUCUCGUUGAUGAACAAAACUAGGGUUUGCGGUGAGGUUUCCAAAUCUCCGUCGAAACCUCUCACGUCAUCAACCUCCGUCACGGAAACCGUCAACGGCUUCCACGAAUUCAAAAUCAGCGGCUACUCUCUCACCAAAGGCGUCGGAGUCGGCAAAUACGUCGCCUCCGAUACCUUCACCGUCGGCGGUCACUCGUGGGCUGUCUACUUCUACCCCGACGGAAAGAGUCCGGAGGAUAACUCCUCUCACGUUUCUCUGUUCAUCGCCUUGGCGAGCGAAGGAGCCGAUGUCAGAGCUUUGUUCGAGCUCACGCUCGUUGACCAGAGUGGUAAUGAGAAGCACAAGGUUCAUAGCCAUUUCGGAAGAGCGCUCGAGAGCGGACCCUAUACUCUCAAGUAUCGUGGAAGCAUGUGGGGAUACAAGCGGUUUUUCAGGAGGGAUAGUCUAGAGACAUCAGACUAUCUCAAGGAUGAUAGUCUCUUGGUUCGGUGCCGUGUCGGUGUGGUGAAGUCUUGCACCGAGGGACCGAGGGACUACAAUAUCAAUGUACCAGUUUCUAACUUGGGGCAACAGCUGGGGAGUCUUUUGGAAAGUGGGAAAGGUUGUGAUGUUACUUUUGAAGUCGAUGGAGAAACUUUCUCUGCUCACAAGCUGGUUCUUGCUACGCGUUCACGAGUUUUCAGGGCGCAGCUUUUUGGACCGUUAAGAGACAGAGAUACCGACGGUAUAGAGAUAGAAGACGUGGAGGCCUCCAUUUUUAAGGUCCUGAUUGUAGUGUCAUACAGGAUGUGCUUAUCACGAAUGUACCAUCCGGGAUCUUCUCCUGUGACGCUUCUCCUGUUGAAUUUACUCACCCGGGAUAAGGUUUUGCUGCAUUUUAUCUACUGGGACGAAUUGCCAGAUAUGCAAGAGCUAAUAGGCACAGAUUCCAAAUCGGCUUCUACUCUUGUGGCUCAGCAUCUGCUUGCAGCGGCAGACCGUUAUGCUCUUGAGCGGCUUAAAGCUAUCUGCGAGUCAAAACUUUGUGAAGGAAUCACCGUAAACACGGUUGCAACUACAUUGGCCCUAGCGGAGCAGCUCCAUUGUUUCCAGCUAAAAGCAGUCUGUCUCAAAUUCGUCGCGUCGCCAGAGAACUUGAAAGCUGUGAUGCAAACAGAUGGGUUUGAUUAUCUGAAAAGGAGCUGUCCAUCUCUACUAACUGAGCUAUUGAAGUAUUUGGCGAGGCUUAGGGAACACUCUGUAACUGCACCGGGACAUCCAAAAGAUAUAUUUGCUGAUGGCUGUGAUUCCAAUGGAAGAAGAGUGAAGCAACGGUUGCAUUAAACAGAAUUGUGCAUUGUAUAAUCAUUGUUAAGGAUAAUGGCUGAUCUGAAACUGUAUGAUCCAGCAAGUACAAUGAAUCUUUUUCGAUCUUUGUAUUAAUAUGAAAUUUGGUUACUAA